AGAAGAAGAAAAAGACGAGAGAGGAGGUGAAGAAGAAAUCACAAUUGAGAGAGAACCAACAAUGGCUUUAACGAUCUACACUUGCAAAGAAUGCGGAUCAGAUCUAAAUCUAAACCCUAACGAUUUAUUUCCACCGGAUUUCUACUUCGAAGCCGGUAACAAAGGAACGCUCUCAUUCGCCGCCGUCGACGCCGAGAAAUUCCGUUUCGAAAAAGAAGAUAAGAUCAUGCCUUUCUUCGAAACCCUAAAUUACUGGGGAAUCCAACGGAAACGAACCAAGAUCAAGUGUAAUAGUUGCAACCACCUCAUCGGCUACAUCUACGACGAUGGUCCUCCGCUCACUGGCGGUAUUGGUCAAUACGGAUUCGGUCCGAGUCAGGUCAUUCCUCGUGCUCCUCGAUGUUUGUUGCUUAAAAAUCAGAUCAUAAGGCGGUUAGACCUUUGUGUUGCCUUCAUUCUUGGCGCUCGCUUCACCAAAAGCGCCAAGACAGAUGACAACAAGGAGAUUAUGGAUGAGUCUGAGAAGUCAUUGAUGCCGCCUCCUCCUCCACCGCUUCCUCCAUCUCCGGGAUAUGGAUUUAGAAAGAUCCAUGGAGACAGCAUCACCAAUAAACAGAUCAAGAAGUUCUGGAGACAAAAGGAGAUCAUUGAAGAGGAUCAUCUCUUUUCUGCUAUUAAGGCUGCAGCUCGUGUCAGAGCUCGUAAUCUCUCUGAUGAGGACUACAAACGCUUUGAAGAAAGCCUGGACAUGGAGGACCUGAAAACCGAAGAUCAUCAGGGAUUGAAAGACUGGUGGACAAAGAGCAAAUACGCAUACUUGAACCAGCCGGCUCUUGGAUCUGCAGAUUCACUGAAGAGAAAGAGGUUUUCGACAUAUACACCAAACUGUUUCUCGUUCAAGCCUUGCAAUCCACUCUACGCAACUUCUCUCAAUGUCUUUUGAACCAUGAGCAGCAAACUCUGCAAGAUCAAUUGUCUUGCAUAUUUGUAUAUAUACGUUCGUGUGUGUGUCUCUGUACAUUCAUGUGUUAAUGCUUCUAUGUUAAUGGAUCUGGACUUUGGUGUGGUUUUUGAUUUGUAACUGUUGAAUAAAAUGUUUCUAUGGAACAUUAAUUUCUUCUUGUUCCAUAUUGUGUACUUUGGUGUUUUUUCAAUUCUACGCCAUAAGAAAGAUUUGAUACAUGC